CAUUCCAGGGUUGAGGGUAUCUUAUCGAUAAGCACCCCGACUCCUUGCCAACACCCAAUAGCUCCGUACUGCACCUCCUUACAUUAUCAACUCCCGUCGAAGAUGAUCAGCACCUUCCGCCAUUACCCAGAGCAUCUCGAGCAGUCCGUUGAGCGAGGAAAAUAUUAGGUGCGGGUACUCACAUCCCACCUCAUACAACCACACCGCGGACGCACAUCUCUUCCUCCUUCAUCCCUUGCCUCACUCUCAUCCUUUUGCUCUUUAAGAUGACCAUCACAACAACCCCUUCACCACCACCGCCGCCGCCACCGCCCUCCCAUGGUCCUCCCCCUCCGCCAACAAUAAACGUAAUCCUCUCGUUCCUACUCGUCGGCCUAGCAUGGGGCUUCACAGUCCCCUUCAUCCGGCGCGCAGCCCGGGACCACCGCCCUCGAGAUCGACGUCCUUCUUCUUCAGAAGAAGAAGAAGACGGGAAGAGGAACCUGUCAGGGACGUGGUGGGCCCGGCUAAAGACACGGGUAUGCGGCGCGGCCUAUGCGGUGCUCGACCUCCUGCGCAACCCGCGCUAUGCGGUGCCGCUGGUGCUGAACCUGACGGGGAGCGUGUGGUUCUUUUUGUUGAUUGGGCAGGCUGAACUGAGCCUGACGGUGCCGGUGGUGAACACACUGGCGUUCCUGUUCACCGUGCUCGGGGAGUGGUGGGUUGAGGGGAAGGUGAUUAGUCGAGAGACGUUGAUGGGGAUGUUCCUGUCGGUUGGGGGCAUUGCGCUGUGUGUGCAUAGCAAGAACACUACCUAGGUAGGAAUCGGUUCCGGGUCUCGUAACAGGCAACGGGGGUGAGAGUCGGGUUUUGGGAAUAUAGCCACCGCUCGACUCCUUCCUCUCUUUAAAAUUCACCUCUUUGUUUGCCGCUUCAUAGAAUGUAGUACUGUCGAUAAUCU